GCUCUCUAAGGCUAUUAAGUAGGCCGGGAUGAUGCCAUAUCAAGUACACAUACAGGCUAUUUCACACCUUUCAUUUUGCCUCUCUUGAUUCCCUCGUUGAGGUUUGAUUUGCUUCUAGUGGAGCAAACACAACUUAUUGUUUGACGAUGCUGCUCCAUUCCCUCAGGAUAGCUGCACACCUUGCUCUAUCCAUUCAUCAUUCAGUUCUAUCUCACUCAUCAUGGUUUAUAUAGCUUUAACCAUCGUGAAUAUCAUGUUGCUGGCUUGAGAGAAUCGAGCUUCUAUACUUUGGCAAAGCUCUAGUAUGACCGAAAAUGAAAUAAAUGGGCACCGGUGCCACCCUCCAAAGAUGUGAGAAGUAUUCCUUUAUAUCGCACUUCACUACUGAUCUAUAACUAUAGCAAGCGACAUAUGGGGCUUGCGCUAUUCAUAUAUAUACUGGCAUUCAGUAUAUUAUUCUUCGUUCAUUUUCCCCUUCUUCCAACUACGACAUAUCUAUUUUUUUGUCUUCUUGCUACGUCAAAUGCCAGGCCGGACUCACUUCCAGGAGGACAUCGGUUACACCUGUUUGUCAACUGAGAUCCAGCAUCAAAUUACCCUAUUGCUAUAGUCCUCCUAGUUAUCUGAGCCUUUGGUUCUAGGGUCCAGUUUAUUGAGGAUAAAUAUAUCAUAUACAUUUGUCCCGCCUGCCGAAUUCUAAGACCUCGUUUGAACGGAGAAUCCAUAUUCAAAAUGGUUCCCGUCUAUCUAACCCCUGGCAUGAGCUAUCUCCUAGGAGGACCUAAAAUCCGCAUCCUCCACGCCAGCACUCAGGAUGCAACUCCCCAACCCAUCUACGACACAUAUCCCCUGUGGCUAGCCACCCACUUCUCUUAUUAUAUCAAAGACUGCUUCCCCGCUAAACACGAGCCCACUGUAGCCCGCAAAGGCUGCAACGGCACUAAUGCCGUAACCAUAUACGGCGGCGUCGCACAGGCCCAUCUCGUGGUUUUUAGAUGGAUGCUGGCCUGCUGCAAGGGCGCGCGGCAUGGGUACGCCAAAAUCGACCGGCUCCCCUUCGCCAAGUACACCCGCAUCCUCGAAGCGGCAGAGAUCCUGGACGUCUACGCCGUCCAGGAUGACAUGUGGGUGCGCAUGAAUCGAAUGGCGGAUAAGCAGAUCUACAUCGACGAUGUGCGGAUGGUGUAUGCGAAUUUCCCCAAGUCGGCGCCGGUGCGCAUGCUGGUUAUUCGCAGUAUUGGAGAUGCGUUGUUUGAGCGCCGCUUGCGCAAUUUUGGGGCGUAUAAGGCGUUUAAGGCCGAGUGUGCAGAGUACGAGGCGGAUAUUUAUGAGUAUCUGCUUGAGAGGCGGAGGGAGGUCUAUGUGGAACAACAGUGGGCUGCAAGGGCUGCAAGAGCGGCCGCCGCAGCUGCUAGGAAGGCCAAUAAGGCCGAUCAGAAAGCCAGGGCAAAGACGGGUGUUGGUGGUGCCCAGGAGAGCAGGCAAGCGGGCGCGAAAGGGACCCCUCGCACAGCUGUUGCUGGUCCCCACCGUGGAAAUAAAUAACCUUCAACGCUAUUAUGGCAAAUAGCGUGCAUCAGACCCAUCUCAGCGCCUCCUACCUUAUCUUAAGCCAUCAACUGCAUUAAUAUUAGUUAAUAACCAAAUGCAAGCCACGCAUUGAAUUCCUUGCCAGAUUUUUUGUUCGACCUAGACAAGUAAAAUACGGCACCUUCAGCGCCGAUUUGAAGCCAUGUUCAUCCUCCACCUCCUGUAGGUUAUUAGCCGCUCGAGCUCCGUAGACAGUGACCAGCUCGUAGGCAAAGUCGUA